AUGUCCCCCGGGGGCAAGUUCGACUUUGACGACGGGGGCUGCUACGUGGGGGGCUGGGAGGCGGGGCGGGCACAUGGCUACGGCGUGUGCACGGGGCCCGGCGCCCAGGGCGAGUACAGCGGCUGCUGGGCGCAGGGCUUCGAGUCACUGGGCGUCUUCACGGGGCCCGGCGGACACAGCUACCAGGGCCACUGGCAGCAGGGCAAGCGCGAAGGGCUGGGCGUGGAGCGCAAGAGCCGCUGGACGUACCGCGGCGAGUGGCUGGGCGGGCUGAAGGGGCGCAGCGGUGUGUGGGAGAGCGUGUCCGGCCUGCGCUACGCCGGGCUCUGGAAGGACGGCUUCCAGGACGGCUACGGCACCGAGACCUACUCCGACGGAGGCACCUACCAGGGCCAGUGGCAGGCUGGGAAGCGCCACGGCUACGGGGUGCGCCAGAGUGUGCCCUACCAUCAGGCGGCGCUGCUGCGCUCGCCCCGCCGCACCUCCCUGGACUCGGGCCACAGCGAUCCCCCGACGCCGCCCCCGCCCCUGCCCCUGACCGGCGACGAAGGAGGCAGCCCGGCCUCCGGCUCCCGGGGAGGCUUCGUGCUGGCCGGGCCUGGGGAUGCUGACAGCGCGGCCUGCCGAAAGCGCACCCCCGCGGCCGGCGGGUUCUUCCGCCGCUCGCUGCUGCUCAGCGGGCUUCGGGCGGGCGGGCGCCGAAGCUCCUUGGGCAGCAAGAGGGGCUCCCUGCGCAGCGAGGUGAGCAGCGAGGUGGGCAGCACGGGACCCCCAGGCUCCGAGGCCAGCGGGCCCCCGGCCCCGGCGCCGCCCGCCCUCAUCGAGGGCUCGGCCACUGAGGUGUAUGCGGGCGAAUGGCGCGCCGACCGGCGCAGCGGCUACGGCGUGAGCCAGCGCUCCAACGGGCUGCGCUACGAGGGCGAGUGGCUGGGCAACCGGCGGCACGGCUACGGGCGCACCACCCGCCCCGACGGCUCCCGCGAGGAGGGCAAGUACAAGCGCAACCGGCUGGUGCACGGGGGGCGCGUGCGCAGCCUUCUUCCUCUGGCCCUUCGGCGGGGCAAAGUCAAGGAGAAGGUGGACAGGGCCGUCGAGGGCGCCCGUCGAGCCGUGAGUGCUGCCCGCCAGCGCCAGGAGAUCGCCGCUGCCAGGGCAGCAGAUGCCCUUCUAAAGGCAGUGGCAGCCAGCAGUGUCGCCGAGAAGGCUGUGGAGGCAGCUCGAAUGGCCAAACUGAUAGCCCAGGACCUGCAGCCCAUGUUGGAGGCCCCAGGCCGCAGACCCAGGCAGGACUCAGAAGGUUCUGACACAGAGCCCUUGGAUGAGGACAGCCCUGGGGUGUACGAGAAUGGACUGACCCCCUCAGAGGGCUCCCCUGAACUGCCCAGCAGCCCUGCCUCCUCCCGCCAACCCUGGCGACCCCCUGCCUGCCGGAGCCCACUGCCUUCUGGAGGGGACCGAGGUCCCUUCUCCAGCCCCAAAGCUUGGCCUGAGGAGUGGGGGGGCCCCGGUGAGCAGGCAGAAGAACUAGCUGGCUAUGAGGCAGAGGAUGAGGCUGGGCUGCAGGGACCAGAGCCCAGAGAUGGCUCCCCACUCCUCGGAGGCUGCAGCGACAGUUCUGGAAGUCUUCGAGAGGAGGAAGGGGAGGAUGAAGAGCCCUUGCUCCAGAUGAGGACCCCAGGGCGCUCGGAGCCGGAGCCCACAGCCUUGCCAGUCCUGAGGGGCCUGUCCUCGAGGGGUCCUGAAGCCGGGUGCCUGAUGGAAGAGGCUGAGGAGGCUGCUGCGUCCGAGAGGCCCGCCCAGCCGGGAGCUGCCAACCCAUUGGUGGUGGGAGCCGUGGCCCUCCUGGACCUCAGCCUGGCAUUCCUGUUCUCCCAGCUCCUCACCUGAGGCUCCUGCCUGGCCUAGUUCUGGCUUUGGUUUGCUGCCUCUUCACUCCUCUGACCUGCCUUUUUCUCUUUUCUUCCUCCUGGUUGUUCUUUCUCUUUUCUUUCUCUUCUCGCUUCCCUUUCUUUUCUGUCCCCCUCUGGUUUUCUCUCUUGUUUUUUCUUUCCCUCUCUCCUUUCAGAUUCUCUCAUCCCUUCUGGCUCUGUCUCCGUCCUCCUCACUCCCUUCCCCACCCACCCCUUCUCUCUCCCGUCUCUCCUCUCUCUAGAUUGUUUACAUAUGAAGGGCUUUUCUCGCUCAGAGUCGCUCUCUUCUCUGAGACACACAAUUCUAAGUCAGACCAUUGCCCCACACCCUCCCUGCCUUUUCUUUAGACCUGAACUUGGAUGAGGGUUGGGGUUUGGUGUCCUGAGGAGUCUCCCAGAAGCUGAGCAGAAAGGAAGGAGAAAAUGGAGAAAGGGUAUACUCUAUACGGGAGAAGACUGUAUCCUGGGCGAGGCACUGGCCGUGCUGCUGGGAUUCCCUGACCCAAGGGGCCUGGCGUCCCUCUGAGGCCUAGUGAUAAAGCUGG